AUGGCCGCUGCCACCACCGCGCAGAAGCGCGUCAACCUGGCGGUCUCGAGAAUCAUUCCGCCUGUGUUGCUCGGAGCGGUCAUUUACGCGAGCUACGCGUUCACGAAACCAUUAUGCAUCGAUUAUCUUAUCCAUCCGUUACCUUUCUAUAACCGCAAGCCUCGAGUCGGCGCUGGCGCCGCAAUUCUGGCGAUCUAUUACGUCCUCUUAAUUCCGCUCAUAUCGACAUACAUUCGACUGCUGUAUAAUGUAUUAGAGAACCCGGGGUUCCUGCCUCUGGGUGCAGAGCGUGUACAGGCGGAUGCUGCCAUGCCGGACUCGAAGCUGUCACAUCAGAAGCGCGGCCGUCGGAGGAGCCACUUGAAAAAGGCACGCGAUGCGGAAAAAGUUGCGCAACCGGAUGCGGACCUCGAGCGGGGGAUGCAUAAUCAUGCGGGAGGAAAAGCUUUCGAAUUGGACUCGUGUGGUCUGGAAUCAUUCUAUACGAAGGACGUGUUUGUCUGCCAGGAGGACGGACGGCCGCCAUAUUGUUCGACGUGCUGCCAGUUCAAGACGGACCGAUCGCAUCACUGUCGGGAACUCGAUCGCUGCGUUCGCAAGAUGGAUCAUUUUUGUCCCUGGGUCGGAGGCGUCGUGUCAGAGACAUCAUUCAAAUUCUUUAUCCAGUUCGUCUCCUAUACGGCCAUGUUCUGUACAUUUGCCCUCAUUGUUUCUGCAUAUUUCACGGCCGAGAUCAAACGAGAUACCGGCCACGUCAACGCACAUUGGUGCGUUUGUAUUGGACUGUGGGUUCCCGCUGACGCCAGCUUCUAUGAAAUAACGAGCGGCCUAUUUGGUCUCUUUACAGCCGGCAUGACCCUAAGUUCCCUCCAACUGGCCUGGCUGAAUCUCACCACAAUCGAGAACCUCAACCGCCGGUCCGUCGUCUGGACCCUGGCCAUCCGGGUCCCCGAGCAUCUACUAGAUCGUCUAUGGGCGAGCGACUCACCCUGGGCACCCACAUUCCGCAUGGUCACCUACCCUCCACGACCACCUACAUCCGCUCAGCCGCAAACCACCGAACACGAGACAGGCGAGCGCCACGUUUUCGCAAUUCUCCAUACUCAACCCGGCGAGAACCCAUUCAACCUCGGCAGCCCGCUCAAGAACCUGCAGCAAGUAAUGGGUAACAACAUCAUCGACUGGCUCCUUCCAAUCAAAAACAGUCCCUGCGCCGACCAUAGCAGCCAGGAAAGCGCCUUCGCUUUGGGCCCGGUGGUUACACGACUGAAACAGGAAGCCGGCCUGCUUUCAUCGAAAGGAGAAGACGGACGGCGAAAUUCUAAACAGGGUCGCCAAAGCGAUAAACAUAGAAACUGA